GAGGUUAAUACUAGUAGUAGUAUAUAGUUAAAAGGAGGACAUGCAAAGGCCAUUUUGGUGUUAAAUAAUGGAGUGUAAGUAAAUAAAAAGGAAGGGGGGGCGGCAGGCUUCACACAAAGCUGGCGCGCACACAGACGCAUAGCAUAUAUAGGAUGAUGCGUGUGUUGUAUUCCAUCAUCAUCAGGUAGCGCGCGCGGAUAGAUCAUAUCUAGCGUGGACGAUGGCGAGGCAUCGGUGGUAUGUGCAGGCGGUGGCGCUGCUGGUGGUGCUGAAGGCGGCGGCAGGGUCUGCGGCGCCGCCGACGACGACGAGGAGCAGGAGCAGCAGCACGGUGGUGGCCGGGAUGGUGUUCUGCGACCAGUGCAAGGACGGCGCCAGAGGCCUCUUCGACUACCCGCUCUACGGUGCGCGGGUGGCGAUCGAGUGCGGCGGAGGGGAGAGCCCGGUGACGGUGCGGGAGUGCAACACCAACUGGUUCGGGGGAUUCUCCGUCCGCAUGGAGGGCACGCCCGAGAUGAACCGCUGCACAGCGCGCGUCGUCCAGGCCACCGGCCACUGCGGCGCCGCCAUCCCCACCGCCCCUCGCGACCUCACCCUCGCCUUCCGCAUGCUCGGCCUCGCCCUCUACACCGUCCCCCCACUCCUCUCCCAGCCGCUCCGUCCCAUGGACUUCUGCCCAUCUCCAUUAACAUCUCCAUCUCCUCCCGCCCUCGCGCUCGCCCCCUCUCCGAUUCCGACUCCAAUCAUCGCGCCGCCCCCCGUGUCCUCGCCGGCUCCCCCUCUCCCGCCCCUCUGGCGCCGCAGGCCUCGCCGCCUGCCGCCCAUCUGGCGCCCGACCCCACCCUCGCUACCCGUUGACACCAUGCCGCCGCCGCCGCCGCCACCGCCACCGCAGCCGCAGGGCUCCGCCUGCACCUUCGACAAGUGGGCGGACGUUGGAUUGCACGGGUGCAACUGGAAGGUGGUGACGCCCAACACGACGGUGGCCAUGGCGUUCGGCCCCGCCGCGGCGCAGAGGUACGGCCCCGACAUGACGCUGCGGGAGGCGCUGGACGGGAGGGGAGACAUGUACCGGACGCUGCUGCGGGAGGCCACGGCGGCGCUCCUCAAUGCCUACUACAACCCCAGUGGCUCCGGCUUCCUGUACCCCACCACCGCCAGCGUCAUCGACCACAUCAACGCCGCCCUCCUCACCCCCACGCUCCACAAGCUUCUCCUCGAGGGUGCGCGCUUCCGCCGCGCCAACUCCGACUCCAACCUGCCCUGCCACCUCACCCCCUGCAACUAAUUACUACUCCUGCUUGCUUACUCGAUCGCUAAUGCACUCGUUUUUCAUUUUAUUACUCGCUACGCUAAUGUAUUACUAGUGUCUCGACUCAAUACUUAAUUGGUGGAUGGAUUUUAAUACUACACUACUACUACUGGAGUACUAUAGUA